AUGGCCUAUCGCAUCGGUGUCGACGUUGGUGGCACCAACACGGACGCCGCCAUCAUCGAUAUCACUGCUGCUGACUCCCCCUCGCGCGGUGUAUGCGCUUCCAGCAAGACGCCCACCACCGUAGAUGUGACCAGCGGCAUCUAUACCGCCAUCGAGGGCGUCCUCGCCAAAUCGCAGGUCGACAAGCGCAAAAUCCUCAGCGUCGCUAUCGGCACCACCCACUUUGUCAAUGCUGUCGUCGAGGCUGAUGCCCGCCGUCUCAGCAAGGUCGCCGUCGUGCGGCUCUGUGGGCCGUUCACGAGACAGGUGCCUCCGUUUGCCGACUUUCCCCCGGCCCUCAAAGCGAUCAUGGGCGGACCCGUAUUCUAUCUUGAUGGCGGUCUCGAGAUUGACGGGCGCGAGAUCAGCCCGCUGAACCCGUCGCAGAUCAAAGCCACCGUCGAGAGCAUCCAGCGCGCCGGCAUCCAGAUGGUCGCUAUUGUCGGCGUCUUCUCGCCCCUGGACCAUGCUGGCAUCCAUGAAGAAACCUGCAAAAAGAUGAUGCUCGACCUUGAUCCGUCGCUCUCCAUCGUCUGCUCGCAUGCCAUAGGAGGUGUAGGCCUGCUUGAGCGCGAGAAUGCCACCAUUCUCAACGCUUCCAUUCUCAACUUUGCUCGCCGCACCGUGCGCGCCUUCUGCAAGGCCAUGGUCAAACUAGAGCUUACAUGCCCGUUGUUCUUGACUCAGAAUGAUGGAACCCUGACGGACGCUGCCACUGCUGCCGAAUUUCCCAUAAAGACCUUCGCCAGCGGACCGACGAACAGUCUGACCGGCGCCGCUUUUUUGGCUUCCCUCGAUCGUGGUGCGAACCUGGCGGCGCCCGAAACCCAGGUGCUCAUGAUAGAUAUUGGAGGUACCACUAGUGACGUCUGUGCCCUGCUGCCCUCUGGAUUCCCGCGACAGGCCCCGAAUUUCGUCGAAGUGGGUGGCGUUCGGACGGCCUUCUCAAUGCCAGAGGUUUUGUCAGUCGGGCUCGGCGGCGGCAGUCGGGUCUCGUUCGACGAGAAAACCGGCAAAGUCAGCGUGGGACCGGACUCAGUUGGCCACUAUCUGACCAGCAAGGCCUUGGUCUUUGGCGGAGAUGUGAUGACGGCGACGGAUAUUGUAGUGGCCUCGGGGAAAGCCCAGAUUGGCGAUGCCUCCAAGGUCGCCCACAUCUCCGCAGAUGUAGUGGUCAAGGCGCGUAGUGAGAUCAAGAAGAUCAUCGAGCGUACCGUCAACCGGAUGAAGGUAUCUGACCUGCCCGUUACCCUUCUUCUCGUCGGAGGUGGUUCCAUCGUUCAGAUGGACCCUCUUGAUGGCGUCGCCAAGUGCAUUGUUCCCCCACACCACGAUUCCGCCAAUGCCGUUGGUGCGGCCAUUGCAAAAGUUGCAGGAGAAAUUGAUGUCAUUGAGAUCCUUGCCGAUCGAGACGAGAAGGCCGUCGUCGCAGCCGCCCAACAAAAGGCAAUCGAGCUGGCCGUGGCCCGAGGCGCGGACAGGACCGACGUCAAGAUCGCCCAGAUCGACAAGAUUCCCCUCCAAUACGUCUCGAACAAGGCCACGAGACUCGUUAUCAAAGCUAUCGGCAAAUUAGCCCAACCGGACACAAGUUCACCUACUGCAUCCCAGCAAUCCGGUUCGAUUGCCGUGGACGGCCUGGACGACGAUGUCGACGAACCACCAAAACAGAAGGCUUCGGCGGAUGCUGCACUCUCAGCCGUCAAGCAUUCUGCCUACAUCGAUAUCGACGCAUAUAAACCAGAAGUACGGGACGGUGUCUGGUACAUUUCACCUGUGGAUCUCGAGUUCAUUGCCACUGGUACUGGCGUCUUGGGAACCGGCGGCGGAGGACCAUCCUAUCUCCAAUACCUUGAGUGUCUGGAACGCCUUCGAGACCCGGCGUCAAAAGGCCGCAUGCGAGUUAUCAGCCCGUCCAGCCUCAAAGACUCGGAUGUCUGUGUCUUCGGUUCGUGGUACGGCGCUCCCAGCGUGUCUGGCGAGAGGAUCCCUGCCGGCACUGAAAUUCCCAGAGCCAUCGAUUAUUCCGUCAAAAUAUCUGGCCAGACGCAUUUCGAAGCUGUAAUUGCAGACGAAAUCGGCGGUGGCAACGGUCUGUCGUCCUUCCCCACGAGCGCUCAUUUUGACAUCCCGGUGGUUGACGGGGACCUGAUGGGACGGGCCUAUCCGACUAUGGAGCAUGGUACUCCCUAUGUUUAUGGCCAUCCUCUCACCCCGUGCGUGUUAGCGGAUGGCAAGGGGAACGCGGGUGUAGUUUUGCAUGCAGAAUCGAAUAAAAGGGUCGAGACCAUGCUCAGAUCGCAAUGCGUUGACCUUGGCCUAAUGGCAGCAGCUGCGGCAACUCCUCUGACUGGAGACGUGAUUCGGAAAUAUGCCAUCCCCAACACCGUGUCCCAGGCAUGGUAUAUUGGACGGGCAAUCCACAAGGCGAGAAAGUCGAAGACCAACAUUAUCAAAGCAAUUUUUGACACAACUCCAGGUCGCCUUCUCUAUACCGGCAAGAUUAUCGACGUCAAGCGCGAUGUCAGCCGUGGAUACACCAUGGGUCAGUGCGUUGUUGCGCCGUUAAGCGGUGAUGAAAAGGACACGACGAUGGCCAUAGAGAAUCCCGUGGUGGAAGAAGAGCGUCCAAUUGUGAUUCCGUUCCAGAACGAAUUCCUGUAUGCUGCUUAUGCUGAUCCCACUGAUCCUGACGACCAGUCCCGUUACGAGAUGAUCUGCACAGUUCCAGACCUAAUCUCAAUUCUGGGACCGGACGGCGAGGCCAUUGGGUCUCAGGAGCUGCGAUACGGCCUCCAUGUGAGUAUCAUCGCAAUGGCUGCCCAUCCGCUGUGGACUGGCGACGAACGAGGCUUGCGUGUCGGUGGUCCGAAGGGCUUUGGUCUCGAUAUGGAAUGGACGAGCAUUGGGCCGUACCAGGAGCCCCCAAGCGUGAUUGCUGAGUUUAAUGUGUCCUCAUCGUCCUGA